AUGCUUUGGCCGACCAUGUCUGGUGCCGGGCUUCCCGUGUCAUACACAAUGGCUGUUCCUGGGCCGGUCCAAGACGUCGCGGUUUUUUCGGAUUUGCCAUGGUCUGUAUUCCAACAUACCGGACUUCCUCAGUCCAGGCGAUGGUUGGGCCUUUCGCCGAACGGUAUAGGCGUUCAAACAGACGGUGUUUCCGUAUUAGUUAAGCACUAUCGCUCAUCACGCUACGGUUUGAUUAUGGACCAACACCGGGAUUGCCAUUUCCCCAGUCAAUUUCCUCGACACCGCAUCUUGUGGACGUCAGCCAACGCAACGAUACCAAAUGACCUCUUUCAGAAUGGUAAAUCCGGAGGUCUGGGCGCGGUUUUUACAAAAUCAGAUGGCGGCAUUCAUCGAGACGGCUCGCGCCGCGUCCCUCCCAGGGCAUAUAUUCACUUACGUUGCAGUCGUCGAGUUCCAACGUCGCGGGCCGCCAUUCGUCACAGUGCUCACUCACAAUUUCCCGACCGUCAACGUGUGACUCAAUUCUUGCGAUAA